CAGCAGUGUUAUCAAUGCUUUUGCUAAUAGAAUUUCUCUCUUUAAAUCCAUAGAUUCUUCAGUUUUCUCCAGUGCGCCACUUGGAGAGUCCAAGCAUGGGUUAACACAGCCUAUCUGCCCUUGGACUGAGUAAUGAUUUUCUUGACCAUGCCUCCCUUUGCCUCUCCAUGUUCAGUUUAAAAACUCAGUCCGCCCGUAGGGACUGUUUUGGGGGAGCUCCAGUCCAAGAACAGAUAGACUGAGGUUUCCCAACCUUAAAACUGACCACUCAAUUCUAUUCUAUCUUCAAAUCCAUCCUAAUACUGCUUCAAGGCUAAAGAGCUAGAAAUGAAGGUUUAUUUCGCUGAGAGGGGCCGGGCCUUUACCUCCGUUGCCGCUGGUCACAAGCAGAACGGUGCACGUGAGUCGCCCAUCCAGCAUCAGCUUGCAGGCGGGGAGUUGUAAAAGAGCCGUUCCCUUGAAGGGUAUGCCUGUUUGCUGGAGAGUUAGCCUUGGGGGUGCUCCUCACGUCUGAGGCACCUGAGCUUUUCCUGCCCGGCAACAGCGGCGGCCAUCUUAGUUUCUUCGUGCACUUUUCUCAGCAUUGGAUGCCUGGUUGGCCCGUGGCGAAUGCAUGCGCAGUGGCGGCCAUUUUAGAUGACCGUUUUUGUCGCGUGGCCUCAUUUCGAGCUGCGAGCCGACCUGUGAGGCAGCAGUUGCGAGUUGGAGUGAGCGGAGCCACAAGGAGCAGAGCUAGAAGAGCGCGAGUUGCCCUGAGCCACCUCCCAGCCGCAGACACCGCCGGGAAAUGCGGCCUAGUCCGGGGCGCCGGCUAGGCCUGUCCUUAAUAGCUGGAAGACCUGCAACAUUGGAGUGCGGUGGGGAGUAGGAAUCCGACCUCCAGGCGGCCCUUCCUCCCUCGACAAGUCUGCAACCACGCUUGAGCCAUCAGGCCAGCGCCAGGUGCCCUGGUACUACGCACAAGCGGCCAGCCACCUGAUUCAGCCGGCAGCAAAACCGAUCCACAGCAUAGUGACCUCGUGCCACUGUUUGUAGGGCAGCAUGGCUGAUGACAGUGUGAGGCCUCGGGAGGAGCAAGCAGGGCCCUCCAGCAAGCGUAGUAGGGCUGACCCUAAUACUGUUGGGGGUAAAGGGGGUAAGGGUGCCCGCAAGAAGGCCUCCCCGGGUUCCUCUGAUUCCAGUGACAAAGCCAAGCAAGGCCCUCGCCACCACAAGCAGGUGGAGGGCUCCGAGGUUCAGCCCCAAGGGGCUCGGCCUCCCUCAGACCAGGCCAGACAUUCACCUGUGGGCCCUUCUGUCAGGGAUGGGGGUGGUGACUCCCCCUCUGUCAGAGACAGUGGUUCCCCAUCUCUGGAUAGGGAAUCCUCCAGGGACCCCUUCCCUGAUGUAUCGUGGGGAUACCCUGACUCCCCCAGCUCAUCUCUCAGGGAGGAACUGGGACCCUUUCAGGGCAUGUUGCCCGCAGAGGAAGAGUAUGUCACUGGCAAACAUAAACGCCUUGAGCUCCCCAGUAGGCAUCGUUCCAGGGAGGACAAGGGAUCUGCUCUCUCAGCAGAGAUGAGGGAGGUUAUCUCCAUUGCCAUCUCCCAAGGAAUAGCUGAGGGCAUAAAGCUUAAGAGCUCUAAUAAAUCUAAGCCUUCCAAAUCCAAGCAACCUAGCUCGGCCUCUACUUCUAAAGAACCUGCCUCCCCCAGCACCUCUGCUUCCUCUGAGGAGUCUUCCUUGGAGGAGGAGGAGGCCGAGGGUUUCGUCCUCUCGGAUGAUGAGGACCUUCCCCCCGACCAGCCGGCCUUCACUGGCCUCUUCAAACCAUCAUUAUUCAAAUCUAUCCUUCACAAGGCCAGGGUGGCCACUGAAUUGGGACCUAGCCCCAAGCCUGACUCUUCCUCUCAGGACCACAAACAGGGCCUGUUUAAGGAGUCUCCUUCUACCCGGGAAUCCAUCCCUGUCCCGGAUCUCUUUUUGGAUGUGAUCCAGAGGCAAUGGGUCCAACUUGGUACCCUGACCAAUCCCAGCGGGGGGGGGGGGAUAAGUCCCUCUAUUCAAUUGAGGACAAAAUGGAGGAGGUUUUGAAAUUGCCAGAGGUGGAAGCUCCGGUCAUGUCUUUAACCUCGAGUUCUAAUUUGCCUGCGGACCUGCUUGAGGGUCUUAAGGCCGAGGAUAAAAGAUCGGAAAAGGCAUGCCACAAAACACACAUGGCAGCAGCCUGGGCCAAUAAGGCAUCCACCUCAGCAUCAUUCUUCACCAGAGCAUCGCUGCUCUGGCUGAGGCAGUUUUGAUCCAAGCCACCUACCAGAAAAUCAAAAUGGCGCCACAAUCUCACAAAGAUCAUCCAGCGGAAGAGUAUUCAACGGAUGCUUCGCUCAACGCAGCGAAGUUCCCAUCCGGGGCCCUGGCCUCCAAUGUGACAUUGAGGCGCCUCCUGUGGCUACACCUCCUGAUAUGAAGCCAAGUGGAAGCUUGCUUCCGCCCCCUUCAAGGGAGGACACUUAUUCGGGGAUGCCCUGGAUAAGUUCAUUAUAGAAACUAAGGACAAGUGAAAGGUUCUCCCGGCCACUCUUAAGAAAAACGAACACAAACAAUUCGGCUUCUUUCGCAGGCAGGCAUUUCGAAAUCAGAACCCUGCCCAGGCUUCUUCCUCCUCCUACCAGAGGACCUUCCAUUAGGGGGGUGACAGAAACCAGGGUCCUUUAGUUCCCAUGGGAGGCAACAUCAGUCCUCCUUUCGCAAGCCAUUUCAAGGGGGCCUUGGCGGCAACAAUAGUUCCUGCCAGUUCCACAGGGGGAAGUGACUGCCAGGGGAUUCCUCCCAUAGGGGGCUGGCUACAACUGUACGCCGACAGGUGGGAGGAGAUCACCUCGGACAGCUGGGUCCUAUCCACCAUCAGGAGGGGUCUGGUUCUGGACUUUCUAUCCUUUCCUCAAAGGAAGUUCAUCUGCUGCCCCACCCCCAAGAAUCCGCUAAAACAGGAGCUCAUGCGAGAGGAGAUCCUCCAUCUUCUCCAGAUAGAAGCCAUAGAGCCCGUCCCCACAGAACAGGAACGACAGGGUUUCUACUCCAUACUUCUUAGUUCCGAAGAGUUCGGGGGUGGGGGGUGGGGGGUGGAGGGCCAUCUUGGACCUAAAGAGCCUCAAUCAGCAUCUGGCUUACAAGAGGUUCAAGAUGCAGUCCCUCCACUCAAUUCUGGAUUGCAUGUGGGAGGGGGACCUGUUGAGUUUCAUAGAUUUAAAGGAAGCCUACCUCCAUGUCCCCAUCCAUGCUGCCCACAGGAGGUUCCUGAGGUUCUGCUCCGAGGGGAGGCGCUAUCAAUACAAGGCUCUCCCCUUCGGUCUCUCAUAAGCUCCCAGAACCUUCACCGAGAUCCUGGCAGUGGUGGCAGCCCACCUCCGGACCUUCCCCAUACGUCUGGAAUGUUAUUUGGAUGAUAUAAUUAUUCAUUCUGUCACAGCAGAGCAGGCUCGAAAGGAGGUCUGCCUCACGAUCCAGACGCUGCAGCAGCAGGGCUUCUCGAGCCAGCUUUGACCAACAACACGCAUUCAACAUCUUGGCGCCAUUAUCGACUCAGUCGCCAGCCACGUGUUCCUGUCGCCAGAUCGCCUGACCAAUCUAAGGUCCAGAGUCAAACGUUGUCAUCUGUUCAGGUCGGUGCCAAUCAUCAAACUUUCCCAGCUGCUGGGGCUGAUGAUUUCUUGCCUAAAUAUCGUGCCCUGGGCCCGCCUCCAUGCCAGGGAACUGCAGUGGUUUCUCCUGCCCAUGCAGAGGGCCAAAACCAGCAACUCCCAUAGGUGGUCCAGUCUCUAACCUGGUGGAAAUCCAAGGCGAUUGUAAAGGGCUGCCUGUUCAGGGAACCGGAGUGAAUCGUGGUCACCACAGACGCAAGUCUCCUGGGUUGGGGCGCCCACUGCCAGAAUCAGCUAGCCCAGGGUUAAUGGUCCCAGAGGGAGGCUGCCCACAGCAUCAACUGGCUGGAGCUGAGGGCAGCCUGACUCGUCCUGCGACACUUCUCUCGCAUAAUCCAGGGGAAGCAUGUACUGUUACUCACGGACAAUGUGACCACAAAGGCCCACAUAAACAGGCAGGGCGGCACACACUCCAGGACUCUUAUGAGGGAGGCGGACGCCCUGGGAAGGUGGGCGGAAAGAUGUCUGGCUUCUCUCAGAGCAGAUCACAUCUCCGGGACCAGCAACCGAGAAGCAGACUUGCUAAGCUGACAGCGAAUAGAUCACGCAGAGUGGCAUCUACAUCCAGAUCUGUUCCAGCAGAUCGUGAGGAGAUUUGGCAAACCGCAAGUAGACCUCUUUGCCGCACAUUCCAAUGCACAACUGCCACGAUUCUUCACCCGCUACCAUUCACCGUCAGCGGAGGGGACGAAUGCACUGAGGUGCGGGUGGCCCCGAGAACGCUUAUACACAUUCCUGCCUCUUCCCCUCAUCCCUCAGGUGAUUGCAAAGAUCCUGAGGGAACAGGCAGAAGUAAUUCUGGUGGCACCAUUCUGGCCCAGGAGGUCCUGGUACGUGGACCUUGUCAGUCUCUCCGUUCAGAGACCUUGGAGAAUUCCUCAGGACCAAAUCUCCCUCAACCAAGGGGCCAUCACUCAUCCGGAGCCCCAGUGGCUACAACUAGCCAUUUUGCACUUGAGGGGGGAUCUCCUAAGGAAGCAAAACAUCUCUGAUAAGAUCAUCAGAACUAUCCAAGCGUCCAGGAGGCCUUCCACGACUAGGAUCUACAACGUGACCUGGGCCGCCUUUUCCUCUUGGUGUAAAGAUAAAGGCAUUGUUGAUUUCUCCGCCUCAGUCCCUCAGACUUUGAACUUCCUACAGGAGGGACUGGACAAGGGACUAGCGCCUAGCACGCUUAGGCAUCAGGUUGCCGCUUUAUCCACCAUUCUGGCCAGGGGUACUUCUUGCUCUCUGAGUCAACACCCCCAGAUCAAAAGUUUUCUAAAGGGUGCAGCGAACAUCAGUCCGUCUGUAAUCCACCGUUAUCCGUCCUGGGACCUUCCAUUUGUCUUGAAGGCCUUGACGAAGUCUCCCUUCGAGCCCCUUCGGAAGACGAGCCUCCGCCACCUGACUAUUAAGACUGCAUUUCUGGUGGCCAUUACCUCCGCUCGCAGAAUCUCUGAAUUGGCGGCUCUCUCUGUGUGUGGUCCAUCCCGACAGGGUUAUACUAAGACUUGACCCUUCAUUUAUCCCUAAAAUCAAUGCUACCUUCCACAGGUCUCAAGAAAUUAUAUUGCCUAAUUUUUGUCCCAGACCUUCUCACCCUAGGGAACGUGAAUGGCAUAAGUUGGACGUGAGGUGUGCCAUCCGCGUUUAUGUGAAGAGAACCAGUGACUUCAUCUCGUUCCUUCCGGGGUCGCUCGAUCACAAGGCGUCAUCUCACACUGUGGGUCGUUGGCUGCAUGCCUGCAUCAAGCUGGCGUAUGAACAUCAGGGCAAGCCAGUUCCGGGCAAGAUUACCACGCAUUCUACCAGGAGCAUUUCAGCAGCAUGGGUGACCCAGGCAUCUAUUCUGGACAUUUGCAGGGUGGCUACGUGGGCUUCCCCGACCGCCUUCAUUAAGAACUAUAAUAUAGACUCCUUUGCCUCAGCCUCAGCCUCCUUUGGAAGAAGGAUUUUGCAAAGAGUCACUGAGGCUCCGGUCCUUCCCCACCCUGGGACUCAAUAGCUUGGGCAUGUCCCACGCUUGGACUCUCCUCACGGCGCCCUGAGAACGACUGUUCAGCCACGAUCUCACCCUCUUUGCCCAUCUCCAGCAUCUCCUCCUCCAUUCAAACUCUUUUUGGACCGAUGCCACUCCCUCCCACUCUCCAAGAGCACCCCAAUGGGAUUGGAUCAGCUGGAAUGGAAACAGAAGCUCUUGAUCAGCUCUGCUGCAGCUGAACAUGAUCUGGGGUCAAAAACAUUGGAGGUGUGCCGAGACACUAAGAAUGGCCGAAGUAGAUGGAGACCUCUCCAGCCUGGAGCAGAGCAAUUGCUACUCAAUAAACUGAUCAGUGGCGGUUCGAUUGUCAGUGCCGAGGCAGUAUGGGAUCACGUCACCAUGGCCAACCGGGAGUUGGCGUUUAAAGCGGGAGACGUUAUCAAGGUACUCGAUGCCUCCAACAAGGACUGGUGGUGGGGACAGAUCGAUGAUGAAGAGGGCUGGUUCCCGGCCAGCUUUGUAAGGCUCUGGGUCAACCAAGAAGAUGGCGUUGAAGAAGGCGCAAGUGAAGUACAGAAUGGACACUUGGAUCCAAAUGCUGCUGACUGCCUCUGUCUCGGGAGAACCGUCCAGAACCGAGACCAGAUGAGAGCCAAUGUGAUUAAUGAAAUCAUGAGCACGGAGCGCCACUAUAUCAAACAUCUGAAGGACAUCUGUGAAGGUUAUUUAAAGCAGUGUCGGAAGAGAAGAGACAUGUUCAGUGAUGAGCAGCUGAAGAUCAUAUUUGGCAACAUUGAAGACAUCUACAGGUUUCAGAUGGGCUUUGUAAGGGACUUGGAGAAGCAGUACAACAAUGAAGACCCUCAUCUCAGUGAAAUAGGACCGUGUUUUCUAGAGCAUCAAGACGGAUUCUGGAUCUACUCUGAGUACUGUAAUAACCACUUGGAUGCAUGCAUGGAGCUUUCCAAACUAAUGAAAGACGGCAGAUACCAGCACUUCUUCGAAGCUUGCCGUCUCUUGCAGCAGAUGAUUGACAUUGCCAUAGAUGGUUUCCUGUUGACCCCUGUCCAGAAGAUCUGCAAGUAUCCUCUGCAGCUUGCAGAACUGCUCAAGUACACUGCACAGGAUCACAGUGAUUACCGGUAUGUGGCCGCUGCGCUUGCUGUCAUGAGGAACGUGACCCAGCAGAUCAACGAACGGAAGAGGAGACUGGAGAACAUAGACAAGAUCGCUCAGUGGCAGGCAUCCGUCCUGGAUUGGGAGGGAGAGGACAUUUUGGAUCGCAGCUCUGAGUUGAUCUACACGGGAGAGAUGUCAUGGAUAUAUCAGCCUUACGGACGAAGCCAGCAGCGGGUCUUCUUCCUCUUUGAUCACCAGAUGGUUCUUUGCAAAAAGGAUCUGAUAAGAAGAGACAUCUUGUACUACAAAGGACGGAUUGAUAUGGACCGCUAUGAAGUUUUGGAUAUUGAAGACGGACGGGACGAUGACUUCAAUGUGAGCAUGAAGAAUGCUUUUAAGCUACAUAAUAAGGAGACUGAGGAAAUGCAUUUGUUUUUUGCCAAGAAGCUGGAAGAGAAAUUGAGGUGGCUCAGAGCUUUCCGUGAGGAGCGAAAGAUGGUGCAAGAAGAUGAGAAGAUAGGUUUUGAAAUUUCUGAGAACCAGAAACGACAAGCAGCCAUGACCGUAAGAAAAGUCAGUAAGCAGAAAGGUGUCGGCUACUCCCGAUCAGUUCCUCCAACAUACCCACCACCCCAGGAGCCACUAAAUCAGGGACAAUACUUGGUAACUGAUGGCAUAGCCCAACCACAGGUCUAUGAGUUCACCGAACCGAAACGCAGCCAGUCACCCUUCUGGCAAAACUUCAGCAGGUUAACGCCAUUCAAAAAAUAAUAUAUAGAGUGAGGGGAAGAGUUUUAAAAUAAAGUUUAAAAAAAUUAAAAAAUGAAUAAAAAUAUAUUUAUAGAUGGACCUUUUUUGGAGAAGCACUGUUGAAACUUCAUAUAUAUAUAUAUAUAUAU